AUGCUGCGUCAUGAUCAUAAUCAAGAAAAAACAAUGGUAGAAGAGAAAUUUAUGCAUCGUCAUGAAUCUCAUCAUGGACAUUUAAAUCGAAAAUCAACUUUUGUUAUUGAUCAUUUAAUAACAAAAGUUAAACAAAAACGAUCACCAAAACAGGAUACAUUGUAUUUAUCUGAUGAUACAUUACAUGAAAACAUCAAUGGAAAUAUAAAUAAUAAUAAUAAUAAUAAUAAUAAACAAUCAGAACAAGAUCAUUAUGAAUUUCAACACAAACAACUUUUAACAACAAUUCAUUCUCAAUCAAUGAAAAAUUCAACAGAAUCCUUAUUUGAUAACAAUGGUAUCAUACAUAAUGAUGACCAUAUUGUCACUAUUGAAAACAAUGAACAAGAUGCAGUUGUUCCUAAUGACAUCCAUAAUGAUGAAGAUAUCGAAGAGAAUGUCCAACAGCAAAGAAAUUCUAGAAAACGCAAUAAAAAUAAAAAACUAACGAAAUCAAACAAAGGAAAUAGUCCUGUUACUGAAAUCGCUAUUAAUAAAUCCAAUGCAAAAAAACAACGAUCACCGUUACGACAUACGAGUUUUCAAAUUCGUAAUAAAGAUUUUAAUGUUAUAUUCAAUGAUUUAUCAUCAGAUGAACAGUUAAUUAUCGGUUAUCCAUGUGCUUGGAGAAAAGAUGUAUUCAUGCAUGGUCGAAUAUUUCUUUCAAUGAAUUAUGUAUUUUUUUAUACAUGUUUUUUCAAGUGGGAUCAACGUUUACGUAUUCCUUAUAAAGAUAUUAUCAGUAUUACAAGAGAAAAAUCUGCUAAAGUAAUUCCAAAUGCAAUUAAAUUACGAACAAAAAAUCAAGAUGAAUAUUUAUUUGCUAGUUAUAUACCAAGAGAAAAAAUUUUUAAUAGUAUAUUUCGUUUAUGGCAAAAUUCUUUACUUGAUCAACCAUUAGGUUAUCAACAAUUACGAGCAUUUGUUUCGGCUGAUCAAUAUAGUCAUGAUGAAUCAAGUGGUGACAAUGAAGAAUAUAAUACUUUAGAAAAUAAUGAUGAAUAUGUUCAUAAGUUACAUUCUACAAGAUUGAAUGGUUUAACAGAAUCAUCAACACAAUCAAUAGAACAUCCACUAAGACUAGUAGAAUCAUCUCAAUGUGCUGAUGAUGAAAAUAUAACUUAUUUACGUACAUGUACAUGUGAAAGUCAUCUAGCAAAAACAUAUGCAGAUCGAUUAUUUAGUUUUAAUGUUGAUACACUUUUUGAAUUAUUAUUUGGUGAUAAUUCAUUUACACGUGCUUUUCAUAAUGCACAUAAAUUACUUGAUUAUACUUAUGGUGAAUGGAUUUUAAAUAUUGACACUGGUAAACGAGAACGUCAAGUAACAUAUAAAACAGUUAAUCAAUCUGCUCUCGGUACGAAUACACUCUUCUGUCGAGAAAAACAAAUAUUAGAAGUAGAAAAACCACAUUUAAUGUACAUUCUAAAUACAGAAAUAUACAAUGAAGGAAUGAGAUAUACAGAUGCAUUUUAUGUUACAACACGAUUCUGUAUGAUACAAUAUGAUGCUGAACAUAGUUCAUUACAAGUUACUGCUGAAACACGAUACAUUAAAAAUGUCAAUGGUUUUAUUAAAACAUUUAUUGAAAAAAAUGUAAACUCAUCUAUACAAGGAGCCGUUAAUGAACAAGUUCGAAGACUUGAAAAUCAUCAAAUAACAAACAUUGAUAAAAAAUCUAAGCAGAAAUUAAUGUCAUCAUCUCAAACAGACUCAAAAAUAUCAAUUGAUAAUAUUACAUCUCAAAAACAAACCGAUGAAAAUUCAUCAAUCAAUACAACGAGUUUAUCUCCAUUUAAAUUAUCUAUUCAAGAAAAGACAAUUACUGGUGAAUGUAGACUAUACAAUAUUGGUCUUGUUAUUAUUAUUUGUUUUCUACUUGUUCAUAUUUAUCUAUGGUAUAAAUUAAAUUCUAUUGAGCAAGCUUUAUUACCACCUGAGACGAUAUGUUUGAAUCAGUAA